GGUGCGCGGGCGGCCGGCGGGCACCAUGCGGGGAGGCUGCCUGGGGCCGUGGGCAGCGCCGCUCUCUGCCGCCCACCUGGCGCUGUGACACUGGCGCUGCCACCAUGUUCCCCAGCCCUGCGCUGACACCCACGCCGUUCUCCGUCAAAGACAUCCUGAACCUGGAGCAGCAGCAGCGCAGCCUGGCCGCCGGAGAGCUCUCCGCGCGCCUGGAGGCCACCCUGGCUCCCGCCUCCUGCAUGCUGGCCGCCUUCAAGCCCGAGGCCUAUGCGGGGCCAGAGGCGGCGGCGGCGCCCGGCCUCCCCGAGUUGCGCGCCGAGCUGGGGCCCGCGCCUUCGCCUGCCAAGUGCGCGCCUGCCUUCCCCGCCGCCGCCGCCGCCUUCUAUCCGCGGGCCUACGGCGACUCGGACCAGGCCAAAGACCCUCGAGCAGAUAAGAAAGAGCUGUGCGCGCUGCAGAAGGCGGUGGAGCUGGAGAAGCCGGAGGCGGACGGCGCAGAGCGGCCUCGGGCCCGGCGGCGGCGGAAGCCCCGCGUGCUCUUCUCGCAGGCGCAAGUCUACGAGCUGGAGCGGCGUUUCAAGCAGCAGCGGUACCUGUCGGCUCCCGAGCGCGACCAGCUGGCCAGCGUGCUGAAGCUCACGUCCACGCAGGUCAAGAUCUGGUUCCAGAACCGGCGCUACAAGUGCAAGCGGCAGCGGCAGGACCAGACUCUGGAGCUGGUGGGGCUGCCGCCGCCGCCGCCGCCGCCUGCCCGCAGGAUCGCCGUGCCGGUGUUGGUGCGCGACGGCAAGCCCUGCCUAGGGGACUCGGCGCCCUACGCGCCUGCCUACGGCGUGGGCCUGAACGCCUACGGCUAUAACGCCUACCCCGCGUACCCCGGCUACGGGAGUGCGGCCUGCAGCCCCGGCUACAGCUGCACCGCCGCUUACCCCGCCGGGCCUCCCGCGGCGCAGCCGGCCACCGCCGCGGCCAACAACAACUUCGUGAACUUCGGCGUCGGGGACUUGAACGCGGUGCAGAGCCCCGGGAUUCCGCAGGGCAACUCGGGAGUGUCCACGCUGCACGGUAUCAGAGCCUGGUAGGGAAGGGAUCCGGCUGGGGCGCCCAGACCGCUCCCGCCCCAAGAGAGGGCCCCGGACUCUGGGAGGGGUGGUGGGGAGGAAGGGCUCCGGCACCAUCCUCCCUCGCAGUCGCUCCUACCGAGGCCUCGGGACUAGAACCGCCCCGGUGCGCCCGGGGUCCCCGCGCGCGGGAGAGUUCGGCGCUUCGUUUGCGCAGCCUGCGGUGAGCGAUCUCGCAGCCUGGUGUCUCGGGCGCCGCCCCAGGAGUGCCCUCCGAGAGCCCAGGGGCGCCUCUGACGCACCGAACACCGGGCCCUUUGGGACCGAGAGCCGGAGCGCGCGCGGCCUCAGAUCCCCAAGCCUGGGCCGGGCGCCCGGGCCUUGCCUACCCAGCCGCCGCCCACCCACCCGUAUUUAUGUUUUUACCUGUUGCUGUAAGAAAUAAGAAUCCCCUUCUCAUUAAAGAGAGU